GUCCACCACCAAGCCCUAUCAAUGUGAAAGCUAUCGUCAAUCCAGAGAAGGCUUCAAUCAAGGAUCAGAUGAUCGAGCUGACUUGGGAACAACCGAGUGAUCAAGUCUCGGCUGCUGGACCAGUCACCAACUUCUACAUUGAACUGAAACCGACAGAUUCAACACGCUGGCAAGAUGUGUCGGCCGACUUCACCAUCACUGAGCCACACUUCUCACUUCCUACUGAUAAGCUGCAAGAGUUUGUGAGUUAUGAAUUUCGUGUGACAGCGGAGAAUAAGGCUGGUAAGAGCAAGCCAUCAACAGCAUCGAAUGCAGUUGAGUUGGGUAUACCGCUGGAAUUCAUUCGCCCGCUGGAAGAUUUGACUGUGAGUGAACUGACAAGUGGACCAGUUUCACUUGAAUGUGAACUCUCUCGAGCGCCUCGUGAGAAGAUGCAAUGGUUUAGAGAUGGCAAAACUCUGAGUCGACUACCGGACAGAAUUAAAGUCGAAGAGUUGGAGGAUGGAAAGAUUCAUCGCAUUGUCUUCCACCCAUUGACUGAUGAGGAUCUAGGUGUUUAUUCUGUCAAAGUGGAGAAUUUAACGAGUGAAGCAAGGCUUGAAAUGAAAAGUGAGUUGCUAAGCACUAUUGAUAUGAUUCACAUGGAACUUUUGAUGUUCCGAUGCAUGACUGUGUAGACGCCGUUAUUUUUGACGAAUUGAGAUGACUGAAGUCAAUUGAUUGGUGAAUAUUUUCCUCUAGAUGUUGUAAUAUAUGAGUGGUGAUUUCCUGCAGUAGUAUUGAUUGUAUAUCCUGUAACUAACUGAUGAGUAUUGACUGAGAGACUAAAUAAAUAAACCUUCAUCACGUUUUCCUUGAAAUUUCAGUAAAACCAACACUCAAACUGUC